AUGUUUGAUGGAAUUGUAUGUGAUAUGUACGAAGAAAUUAAAGUAAUUGCAUUUGAUGAACAAGUUGAUCGUCUUUACAAUUUGAUGAAUAUAAAUCAAAAAAUAAUAAUCGAAAAUGGCCAAGUUCGAAAAGCAGAUGAAAGAUAUCGAACAACGAAUUCAAUGUAUGAAAUCCGGUUAUUUGAAAAUAGUCAUGUUGAACUAUAUGAAUCUAAUGAUUUUAAUCCAUCAGUUAAAAUAAUGAAAAAAGCAAUCAUUAGUGUUAGUCAGUUAUUACACGGUGCAUACGUUGGAUCAAAUAAAUCAACAGCUAUUGGCUUAAUAGAAAGAGCAACUAGAGAAGUAGAAGAAUAUCUGCAGAUAAAAAUUGAAGAUAGUCGAAUAAAUGGUUCAGUGACCAUCGAAAGUUUAUUACACGAAUUAGAGAAAAAGAGAUCAAUUAUUCAAGCAUUUGAUGAAUUUAAUACAUUUGCAUCAUCAUUCGGCCUAUAUCGUGCAGAUAAAGCAGUUUAUCAUCGUUCAGUAUUAAAUACUCUUUGGAAUGGACCCAAGUCAUAUUUUAGACAAUUAGUAAAAGGUGAUAUUAAAUGUGAAAAUCCAUGGCUAUCUAUCGUAGCAGCUGCUCAUCCUAGUGCAAUUAUAAAUAUUUUGAAGGAAGAAAAUAAUCAAUUAGGUGCAGACGGAUUGUUUGCUAGAUUCAUAUUUUCUGCACGUAUCUCUCCGGAAGAUGUGCAUAAACGUAGUAAACGUGAUACAGAUGCAACGAAUGGCGAAUUAUAUGUACAACCAUCUGCUUAUCCUAGUUUAAGUCACAUUAUGUACUUUAUAUAUCUAAUGCAUGACAAUCAAACUUUAACGUUAAAAAUGUCUCAAGCAGCGAAUGAUAUUCUUACGCAUACACAUGAUGAAUACAAUAAUAUGGUCAUUGGUUUUCAAGGUUAUCAAGAUGUUCUAUGCACACUAUUCUCAAAAUCACGCGACCAUUUAUAUCGAAUCUGUGGUUUAGUACAUCUUCUUCAUCAAGCUUGUACUUAUGUUCUGAAGGCUGAGCCACAAUUGCAAUAUUUAGUGCUCGAUGAUAUAGCAGCUGAAUCGAUACAAAGAGUUGCUAGUAUAGCAAGAGAAAGUAUGAACGAUUAUCUUAUUAUUCAACCUGAAGUGGCAUUAACGACAGUAGAAUUAAUGAAGUUUUAUGUCGAUACGAAAAAACUUCUGUAUGGAUUUCCACUAAUAACUAUUCCACCAUCGCAAGGAGUGAAUGUUGGUCCAUCUGCAUCACAACGAAUAAAUACGUCAGAACAACAUGUUGAACGAGAUAAUUGUCAUCCUUAUCAUUCUAUUGUUAAUAAUACAAGUAGAAGUGUUGUUAGUCAUUAUAGCGGUUUUUCAUCUCUAUCGUCAUCUAUUGAUCCGUUUAAUGGUUCUACAACUGAUGCGACUAUAAAAAAAAUAUUAUUAUAUAAAAAACAAACAAUAACAGGUAGUCGACUUUGUCAAAUCUUACGUGUAAGACAUUCAUUUUUAUGA